ACAGCAGCGGCAGCAGCGCGGGAGCGAGUGGUGGUGGGGAUCACGGUGGGGCGCAUGCUGCAGUCCAAAGAGCUGUGCGAGCUGAUUCAACCAUUCGAGCAGCGGCAACAGGCCGUCACCCAGUUCAUCCAGGGGGAGAAGCCAGGCGUGGGGGUGGAGGCAGUGGCGAUAGACGACCCCUUCGGCCCGGCCAUCACCGACCCUCACAUGGACGCCAUCGCUGUCAGUGUUGAGACGGAGAAGGGAGCCCAUGCAGUGAAUGAGAGGCGCGCAGCUAAUGGGCUCAAGGCACUGGAUGUGAGUCAAGGCAGUGGAUGUGAUAGUGUUGGUGCAGAGGCGGACGGGGGUGACGAGUGGGAUGGGAGGGAUAGAGGGGAGAGAGGGGAGGGAGGGAGGGGGGAAGUGACGCGCAUUGAGGGCAGCAGCGAGUGGUGGGUGGUAGAGGAGAGAGGCAGGGAGAUCCCUCUCUUUCAUGCAGAGGAGAGAGGCAGGGAGAUCCCUCUCUUUCAUGCAGAGGAGAGAGGCAGGGAGAUCCCUCUCUUUCAUGCAGAGGAGAGAGGCAGGGAGAUCCCUCUCUUUCAUGCAGAGGAGAGAGGCGGGGAGAUCCCUCUCUUUCAUGCUGAGGAGAGAGGCAGGGAGAUCCCUCUCUUUGAUGCAGAGGAGAGAGGCGGGGAGAUCCCUCUCUUUCAUGCAGAGGAGAGAGGCGGGGAGAUCCCUCUCUUUCAUGCAGAGGAGAGAGGCAGGGAGAUCCCUCUCUUCGAUGCAGAGGAGAGAGGCGGGGAGAUCCCUCUCUUUCAUGCAGAGGAGAGAGGCAGGGAGAUCCCUCUCUUUCAUGCAGAGGAGAGAGGCGGGGAGAUCCCUCUCUUUCAUGCAGAGGAGAGAGGCGGGGAGAUCCCUCUCUUUCAUGCAGAGGAGAGAGGCGGGGAGAUCCCUCUCUUUCAUGCAGAGGAGAGAGGCGGGGAGAUCCCUCUCUUUCAUGCAGAGGAGAGAGGCAGGGAGAUCCCUCUCUUUCAUGCAGAGGAGAGAGGCGGGGAGAUCCCUCUCUUUCAUGACCGCCGAACACACUCUCUCUUCUCACCCAUCUCCCCUCCUCCCCACCCCCCUCUCUCCCUCUCUCACUUCCCCUCCCCACCCUCCAGGCAGCAACUCCUAUUGUACAGAUUCCUCCCUCUCACUUUCGUUCCUAUUGGAUGGAAGCAGAGUCGAUGGUGCCUGGUGCUGUGUGCAACUGGUGUGGGCCGCAUAUGUGGAGCGCAGAGGCAGUGA